AUGGGUUAUACAGUGGCAAUUGUAGGCGGUUCCGGUGCCGUUGGCAAGGAAAUAAUCCCCUGUUUGGAAAAUCGUGGUAUCCUGCCGGUCAGUCGACUUAGAAUCUUCGGGUCCUCGCGUAGCGCGGGAAGAAAAAUUCAAACCAAGUUCGGAGAAAUCGAGUUCGAAAUCUUCUCUAUUGAAGCUGCCAGGGCAUGCGAUGUAGUGUUCUUGGCUGUCUCUGGUGAUUUCUCAAAGGAGAAUGCAGAAAAAAUUUGCUCAGGGGAAGAUGGUGCUAUUGUGAUUGACAACUCAUCCGCCUUUCGAUACCAGCCAGAAAUUCCUCUCGUUGUCCCCGAGAUAAACGGUGAAGAAACUAAGAAGGGAAAGCUUAUUGCAAACCCAAAUUGUACAACUGCCAUUGGUUUGAUGGCAAUAUACCCACUCUUGCAGCAUUAUGGGGUCAAGCGCAUCAUCAUGAGCACGUAUCAAGCAGCCAGUGGCGCGGGACAGCCUGGAAUGGAUGAGUUGUUGGAAGGCACCAAGAAAUAUCUUGAGGGGGGAGGUGGGCAGAAGUUGGAGCACGAAGUUUUUGCACACCCAUUGCCAUUCAACGUCAUUCCUCAUAUAGACAAGUUUCAAGAAAAUGGAUACACUAAGGAAGAGAUGAAAGUUACAUGGGAGUGCCGGAAAAUCUGCGGUCUCUCUGACGAAAUACCUAUAAGUUGCACUGCAGUAAGAAUCCCAACCCUUCGUGCCCAUUCCGAAAGCAUCGUAAUGGAGACCGAAAAAGCAGUCAAUGUCAAAGAAGCCAGAUCCAUUCUAGAAAAAGCCGAUGGUGUCGAAGUUGUCGACGAGCCUGAAAAGUCGCUUUAUCCCAUGCCAUUGACUGCAACAGGGAAAUAUGACGUAGAAGUUGGGCGCAUCCGCAAGUCGAUUGCCUUUGGGGACAAUGGCUUGGAGUUUUUUGUUUCUGGAGAUCAACUUCUUAGAGGUGCAGCCUUGAAUGCCGUCUUGAUUGCCGAAGAAAUGCACAAAAACGGAAGUUUAUCUACAGACUCUUCAAAUGUCUAA